AUGUGGAACAACAUUCCUGCCGACGGAGCUCUCUCCAUCCGUGAACCAAAUUUAAACUCGGGACGUGAUGCCCAGAAAAUAGGAGAACAAACAAGACUCCCAAUGACCCCUACAGAGGAAAACUUCCCAAUCACUCCUUUUGAGGAUGCGCUGCUAGCUGACAUAGCAGAGGAGGAAGAGGGAGAGAUGACUGAAGCCUUAACGGCGGCUCAGAUUGACUACAUGAUUAAUGAACUAGCGGAGGAAGGGAUUGAUGAAGAUAUGCUGGAAAAUGAUGACCUACUAGGAGAUGAGCUGGCAUCGGAUGCUGAACAAAUCGAUGCCAUCUCACAACUAUCCCCAAUUGUUUUGCAGGAACCAUCACCAAUGAAAGUUGAUGAAGAUGUAGCCAGGGAGCUCACCAAAAAGAAAACGACCCUCAAAGUGACUCGUGGACAAAGAAAGAAACAAGCUGCUAGCCCGGACACGAAAGUCAACCGUGCUUCAAGGAAGAUGCAAUCUCUCCGCCUCAAAACAUCGCCAAAGAAGAAAACAAUAAUGGGUAAACUGCCUAAACCUUUGGCUUCCUCUACUAUCCCUCGUCAUGAGGUGCUUCCUUCUGCUCUAAGCAAGAACUCUUCUACUGUCUCAGGUUUGGUGGUGUCCCAGAAACCACCCAGUGUAUGCGAACUCGAUCGAGUCGGUCUACUGAGACUUGGUCGAGCUAGACUUACAACGGGUAGAAAGAGGGUUCAGAGGUCACAGAGGGUACAAGAGGAACCUGAGGUGCUUGUUGCUGAUACAAUGGAUGUACCAGAGGGGAAUGGAAACCCUUUGGGCAAUGGACUCGGUCGAGCUAGGCAAACUCGACCGAUUGGUCAAGGAGAUGCUCCAAACCGCCACCAACAGAGACAAGGGAUUGUUCCACCACCAGUGCAGAACCACAACUUUGAGAUCAAGCUGGGAAUGAUCAACCUUGUCCAGAACAAGAUGUUCCAUGGAUUGCCAAGUGAAGACCCCAUUGACCACCUUGAUGAGUUUGAUAGGCUUUGUGAUUUGACAAAGAUCAAUGGUGUCUCUGAAGAUGCCAUCAAGCUGAGACUCUUUCCUAUGUCUCUAGCUGACAAAGCUCACCAAUGGGAGAAGAGCUUGCCCCAUGGCACAAUCACCACUUGGGAUGAAUGCAAGAAGGCCUUUCUUGCUAAGUUUUUCUCCACCGGUCGCACAGCCAAGCUUAGAGGAGAGAUAUCCAGCUUCAUCCAGCGAAACAAUGAGACAUUCGCAGAGGCUUGGGAGAGGUUCAAAGGCUACACAAGUCAGUGCCCACACCAUGGAUUCAACAAUGAAUCACUACUCUCCACUCUUUAUAGAGGAUGCUUGCCUAGAAUGCUAUGGAGAGACUAUGAAAGUACAGACUGGAGCUCGACCGCGCACUCGAUCGAGCUGGACGCUCAGAUGAGAAAAGACAUGCUUGCACUCAACUCGAAGUUGGACAAACUGAUCCUAGCCCAAUUCCCUGCCAAGCAUGUCAACUAUGUCUCAGAACAAACCUUAGUCAAGGACCAGGAAGGGGAGGAGACAACACAAGAGGUUUGCUACAUUCAAAAUAGACAAGGAAGCUAUAGGAAUCCUCAACAAGGGAUACAACAAUUAUCAAGCCCCCUGGCCGCACCAACAACAAAGUGUUCCACAAGGUUUCAACCAAAGGACUACUCAUACCCAACCAACUCAAGAUUGGGAUAUGAAGGAAAUGCUCCAACAACUUUUACAAGGGCAAGCCAAAGAGUAUGCCCAAGCAGUUACACUAAGAAGUGGGAGGCAAUUCCCAGUAGAGGUAGCCCACCCCAAAUCGCUGUGGACAUCGAUGACGAGGAAGGGGAGGAUUUAGUCGACUAUGCUGAUAACUCGACCCCGAACUCGAUCGAGCUGGAACAAAACCCUGAACCAGAACUCGAUCGAGCUGGAGAAACUGAGACACUGCAAGACAAACCAGAGCUCGAUCGAGCUCAGAAGAGAACAGACAAAGCAAACUCCAGCCAACCAGCUAAACCUGUUGCAAAGAAGAAAGACACUCCAGCAGGACCACCACCAUACAAACCCCCUCUGCCCUUUCCAGGAAGGUUCAAGAAACAACUGUUGGAAGCACACAAGGCCAAGUUUGAUGAACUAAUGAGACAGCUUGAGUUGAAGUUGCCCUUCAUCGACGCCUUGAUGCUCAUUCCACCUUAUCAGAAAUUUCUGAAGGAUGCUGUUCAGCAAAGAACCAGGGAAGCACAAGGGAUGGUAGUGUUGACUCGCGAGUGCAGUGCAAUCAUUCAGCGGAAGGUCAUCUCCGACAAAAAGGAAGAUCCGGGGAGUUUCACUUUGCCCUGCAUGUUGGGACCCCUAUCUUUCAAAAACAGCCUCUGCGAUCUAGGAUCAUCUGUCAGCCUCAUGCCUUUGUCUGUAGCAAAGAGACUGGGAUAUCACAAGUACCAAGCCUGCGGAAUCUCACUAGUCUUGGCAGAUAGAUCGAUAAGGUUACCAACUGGGAUGCUUGAAGACCUGCCUUUGAGGAUAGGGAAUGUAGAAAUCCCCACCGACUUCAUUGUGCUUGAGAUGGAUGAGGAACCAACAGAUCCAUUGAUUCUAGGAAGGCCAUUCCUAGCUACAGCAAGAGCAAUGAUAGAUGUCUGUGAAGGAACAAUUGAGCUAAACUUGGGAAAGGACCUGAAGGAUGAAGUUUGA